CAGAAAUAUACUAAGCAAGAUUAUGAAGAAAUCUUUUAAUAAGACAACCAAGGAUUCCAGCUCUCCAAACUCAAGCAAUCUCUCAGAACCCUUUAUGUCUACAAAGGAGAUCAUAAACACAAAACCUUUCUCAUGUUCUGAAUGCGGAAAAUGUUUUCGCUGGCAGUCACACAUUGUUAAACAUCAGAGAACUCACACAGGUGAGAAACCUUUCUCAUGUGCGGAAUGUGGGAAAUGUUUUAGCCAUAACCCGGCUCUAGUUUCACAUCAGAGAACUCACACAGGAGAGAAACCUUUCUCAUGUUCCGAAUGUGGGAAAUGUUUUAGCCGUAACCCGGCUCUAGUUUCACAUCAGAGAACUCAUACAGGAGAGAAACCUUUCUCAUGUGCUGAAUGUGGGAAAUGUUUUAGCUUGUACUCAAAUCUUGUUUCACAUCAGAGAACUCACACAGGAGAGAAACCUUUCUCAUGUUCUGAAUGUGGAAAAUGUUUUAGCGGGCACUCACAUCUUGUUUCACAUCAGAGAACUCACACAGGAGAGAAACCUUUCUCAUGUUCUGAAUGUGGAAAAUGUUUUAGCGGGCACACACAUCUUGUUAGACAUCAGAGAACCCACACAGGAGAGAAACCUUUCUCAUGUUCAGAAUGUGGGAGAUGGUUUAGACAUAACACAUCUCUAGUUAGUCAUCAGAGAACUCACACAGGAGAGAAAACUUUCUCAUGUUCUGAAUGUGGGAGAUGGUUUAGACAUAACACAUCUCUAGUUAGUCAUCAGAGAACUCACACAGGAGAGAAACCUUUCUCAUGUUCUGAAUGUGGGAAAUGUUUUAGCGGGCACUCAAAUCUUGUUUCACAUCAGAGAACCCACUCAGGAGAGAAACCUUUCUCAUGUUCUGAAUGUGGGAGAUGGUUUAGACAUUACACAACUCUUGUUAAACAUCAUAGAACUCACACAGGAGAGAAACCUUUCUCAUGCUCUGAAUGUGGGAAAUGUUUCAGUCGGCAGUGUCAACUUUCAAUACAUCAGAGAACUCACACAGGAGAGAAACCUUUCUCAUGUUCUGAAUGUGGAAAAUGUUUUAGCGGGCACACACAUCUUGUUAGACAUCAGAGAACCCACACAGGAGAGAAACCUUUCUCAUGUUCUGAAUGUGGGAGAUGGUUUAGACAUUACACAACUCUUGUUAAACAUCAUAGAACUCACACAGGAGAGAAACCUUUAUCAAGUUCUGAAUGUGGGGAAAGUUUUAGCGGACACUCAAAUCUUGUUUCACAUCAGAGAACUCACACAGGAGAAAAACCUUUCUCAUGUUCUGAAUGCGGAAAAUGUUUUCGCUGGCAGUCACACAUUGUUAAACAUCAGAGAACUCACACAGGUGAGAAACCUUUCUCAUGUGCGGAAUGUGGGAAAUGUUUUAGCCAUAACCCGGCUCUAGUUUCACAUCAGAGAACUCACACAGGAGAGAAACCUUUCUCAUGUUCCGAAUGUGGGAAAUGUUUUAGCCGUAACCCGGCUCUAGUUUCACAUCAGAGAACUCAUACAGGAGAGAAACCUUUCUCAUGUGCUGAAUGUGGGAAAUGUUUUAGCUUGUACUCAAAUCUUGUUUCACAUCAGAGAACUCACACAGGAGAGAAACCUUUCUCAUGUUCUGAAUGUGGAAAAUGUUUUAGCGGGCACUCACAUCUUGUUUCACAUCAGAGAACUCACACAGGAGAGAAACCUUUCUCAUGUUCUGAAUGUGGAAAAUGUUUUAGCGGGCACACACAUCUUGUUAGACAUCAGAGAACCCACACAGGAGAGAAACCUUUCUCAUGUUCUGAAUGUGGGAGAUGGUUUAGACAUAACACAUCUCUAGUUAGUCAUCAGAGAACUCACACAGGAGAGAAAACUUUCUCAUGUUCUGAAUGUGGGAGAUGGUUUAGACAUAACACAUCUCUAGUUAGUCAUCAGAGAACUCACACAGGAGAGAAACCUUUCUCAUGUUCUGAAUGUGGGAAAUGUUUUAGCGGGCACUCAAAUCUUGUUUCACAUCAGAGAACCCACUCAGGAGAGAAACCUUUCUCAUGUUCUGAAUGUGGGAGAUGGUUUAGACAUUACACAACUCUUGUUAAACAUCAUAGAACUCACACAGGAGAGAAACCUUUCUCAUGCUCUGAAUGUGGGAAAUGUUUCAGUCGGCAGUGUCAACUUUCAAUACAUCAGAGAACUCACACAGGAGAGAAACCUUUCUCAUGUUCUGAAUGUGGAAAAUGUUUUAGCGGGCACACACAUCUUGUUAGACAUCAGAGAACCCACACAGGAGAGAAACCUUUCUCAUGUUCUGAAUGUGGGAGAUGGUUUAGACAUUACACAACUCUUGUUAAACAUCAUAGAACUCACACAGGAGAGAAACCUUUAUCAAGUUCUGAAUGUGGGGAAAGUUUUAGCGGACACUCAAAUCUUGUUUCACAUCAGAGAACUCACACAGGAGAGAAACCUUUCUCAUGUGCAGAAUAGAAAAAUAGUUUUGUCAGUAAACCAGAUUUUGUUAAACAUCAGAUAACUGACACAGUAGAGUUUUUAUAAUGCGUUUAUAAAUUAACAUGGGAAUAAAACCUCUAAUACUGUGAAUUGUUCUCAUCCUGACACAAUAUAUAAUACCUUUGACAGUAGCAAUGUAUAAAUGAUGCAUUGGUGUUGCGAUUGUGUUAACUCUACAGAGCCCCUCUCUACUUUUCUCCCCUUUGAUAUUACUGUUAGAUUUGGCUCUGACAGCCGUGGGUCUCACAAGAUUUAGACUGGGGAAGCUGAACGGAGCUGCUGCAAAGGUAACCGCUUG